AUGGAUUUGCCUGAUCAUGGCUUGCAAUGCACACUUCGCAGUGUGCUCUUGAAUGCCGACACGAACGGAUUGAACGACAUCCUGGGCCAAGAAUUUGUCGGAAGCUUGUUAGCGGAGGAGCAGAUUGUGAGCACAGAGUACCCGGCUGAAGCCGAGACGACACGUGGUGCCAAGCAGAGUUGGGGCCCCGUGUUGGACCGACCGUAUGCUACAUCAUUGGCCGCUGCUUUGGAACACUGCAUCCGCGAAGGCUAUUUUCUUCGACCUCCCCUUCCGGAAAAUGAUGGGCUCACCAGUCUCCUAGUGGAAGACGGUGACGAGAUUGCGCGGUGGCAAGAUUGCGUAGAGAGCAUGAGAGGCACAGAGAUGUGCAGCCUGGUCUCCACACUCUCAUGCCUUGGGCGACCUGGCAUUCGUCUUGCCCUGGGGCAGCGGCGGACGGUGGGUAGCUUGGAUGUGCUGCCGCCAUCUCGUCAUGAGCUCAUCCAAUCUUUCAGCGCCCUCCACAAAGAGGACACCUCCGAGAGCUGCGCGGCCGCACCUGGCCCUCACCGCUGUGAGGCCGACAGCCCAGCCAGCCCGGGCGUAGCAGAGCUGGAGGAAGAGUCGGAGGUUCUGCGGUCGCAGAUCAAGGCGCUCGCCGAGCAGGGAAGGCGUUCAGAGCUUGACAUGGCGGUCUCACGAAUGAAACAAUUGACAAAGAUGAAGCGUGAGCUGUUGCAGCCACCAUCCAUGCUGAGUGUCGGUGCACGUGCCUUGGCCAAGCACGCCCACCGCGGCAUGGAGGGCUUCUGGGCGGUUGCGAUUUCGGGAAGCGAUGCUGCCAAGAACCGGGCCGCGGAGGGCGCCCUGCAGGAAGUCCUCCGGGAGGCGGUUUGGGGCAAUCUUCAUCAACUGCCAGGGGGCCUUCCCACCUUUGAGGUCCGCGUCAAGCAAGGAUAUGGAGCUCGUUGGACAGUCUCAGAAGAUGGAUCAGUCAAGUUUCGAGGACUUCUGGAGCCAAUGAUGGAGGAUGGCCAUGAGAAACGCUGGCGACAUUGA